AUGCCGUCCAACGAUGAUCGCAAACCUUCCAUUGGUGCCGAUUGGCGAUCAUUCAGAGCAAAACUGGUAGCUGCAGAGAAAUCAAGGCCUAAAGAGCCCACUUCAGCUUCCUCACUUGUUGAUCUUCACACUCUGGUGGACCAACCUAAUCCCAUCACUGUUGGUGACAAAUGUGCUCACACAAUCCACAAGUCCGAAAAGGGCUGCCUACUCCUUGCAACCAAAAACCACGGCGGGGUCCACAUUUUCGAGCGGACGAUCAUUUGGGUGUUGUCCACUGGACCUUUGGGCCCAUCCGGCAUCAUUCUCAACCGGCCUUCCCUCAUGUCGAACAAGGAAACUCGAUGGACCGCUCGAGACGUGGCGGGCACGUUCUCGGACCGGCCGUUGUUCUUCGGCGCGCCGUUGGAGGAGGGGUUGUUCUUGGUGAGGCCCAAAGGGGGUGAUCAUGCGGUUGGGAGGGUGGAGUUUUUUACAAUCACAUUGAAAAAUCUCUGGUAUUAUGGGACAAAGGAACGUGUGGGGUGUGCUGCUGAAAUAGUGAAAAGGGAUACGGUUGGGCUUGGUGAGUUUCGGUUUUUUUAUGGAUAUUGUGGGUGGGAGCAAGGGCAAUUAAAGAAUGAAAUUAAAGUUGGUUAUUGGACUGUGGCAGCUUGUAGCCCAAGUGUGAUUGAUCUUAGGAGUGCGGGGAGUGUUGGGCUUUGGGAGAAGGUCCUUGGGCUUAUGGAAGUGUGA